GAUAUUUUAAAUCGUGUUUUUUUUAAUUAUAAUUUAGAAAAUAAAAGUAGUGGGUAAUGGUUUAAUAAUUAAAUGUUUGAUUUUAGUUCAUUUAAAAGCUACAAAAAUGCAAACUUUUUUAUUAUUUUUAACAAUUUUUAUUUCGAUUCAACAAUUUUGUUGUCAGUCGCAGUCUCGAUACUGUGAAAUGCCUCCACUCCUGCGGGGAUCAUGGUUUUCUUGGGAAGUUGGGAGACCAACUAUAACUGUAAUAGAUGUAAAUUCUAUGUCGGAUCGGGGCUAUUGUAUUAUGAAAGUUAUCAAUGGAAGUGACUAUACGUUUGUGUUCGAGGGCUCCCGAAACUGUUAUCACUGCGUUGUUAUAUUUUCAAGGACACCCAAUGUUUUUGAAAAGUAUGAAAGCCCAUGUAUUACAUUAAAUCCAGGGCAAGAACCAACUGUGGAAAAUAUAUGCCGUGGUAUAAAAGAUGACUCACAAUUAAUCACUUUAUUUAAUGAGAAUUAUAUACCAGUUAAUUGUCGAUCAGCUUUGGAAGGCGUCUGGCAAUUUACUUAUCAGAAUCGUUUUCGAUUUACUGGGGUUUGUGAUCGUCCUGAAGCGAAAAUUCAAUCAUGUCAGGUGCCAGGAACCCAAUUUUUGAUUCAAAACCAAAAAUUCAAUAUUACUUACCAUAAGUGUGAAGGAAUGGACGGCACUUUUACUGGUACAGUAGAGUAUAGUUGCUUAGGAGAUUGGUUUGUAGGAAAGAAUCACUUUUUUGCUGUUUCAAAUACAAAAGAAAGUAGAAAAGAUGAAAAAUACAGAUGUUUUCUUAAAAAUCGAGACGAUGAUUUGUAUCUUGGUGUUUCUAUAACUCCCGAAUGUAAUGUCUUAAAGACCCCUGAAAAUUCACCGGAGCGUUUAAAGCUAACACCAGAGAAAGCUGAAGUUGUAGAGCCUGGAUGUAGAUUACCGCAAAAUUUUAGUGGAGAGUGGGUAAAUACAGCCAAUAUAGAUGCUGAUGUUGUUAUCAAUGAAACCCAUAUAAUUGAAACUUAUCAUCCAGAUCAAGCCCGUUUUCGCAGAAAAAUUUACAUAUGUAAGGAACAAAGAGGUUCCCGAAUUAUGAUGGCGCGUUUAACAGUUGACGGAUGUCAAAAAGAUUACAUAUGCUUCGAUUUUGUUCCAAGACACCAUAACGUUAUAAGAUAUCGUAUGGGAACGUCCUUUAUUAAAGAUGAUUUUAGCACGGUUUGCUCUUGGGUGCAGUUUCCUAACAGGGAAGCUUGGUUGUACGACUUAUUUUUAGCGAAAAAUCCAGUUCCGGUUAGAUGUCCCGUAGCUGGUAAAUUUAAUUUUACACAACGUGGCGAACACCCUUUCAAAACUAGAAUUUUAGGAGGAGUAACGCUUAGUCCAAGGCCAGAUAUUCAUUGCAAACAAAAUAUUUCUGAUUUAUCUGUUUGCGAUACUGACCAAAAAGAAAUGGCAAUUGAUGAAAAUUAUUGCUUAUCAGUUGAUCACUUAGGGCGGCCGGUUGACAUUUACAGUGAUCCUGACUAUCAAAUGAAGUGCAUAGGAUUUUGGAAAGAGAACUUAAAGUCAUAUUUAAUUACCUAUGACGAUUUAGAUCCGCUUUCAAAAUAUAGGUGCUGGGUAUAUCAAAGAUCUGACUUAAAUCGCGUUCUGAUGUCGCAAGCCGUAGGAGCUUUCUGUAAUUUGAAACAAGACGUUAUUUCGUGGAAUAAUAGCGAAGGAGCCGCAGUAGCAAUUGAUGCUAUGGAGUACGAGAGGGAACGUGAUCAAUGUCCGAUGCAUUUUGAUGAUGGAGAAAAUCCGUGGAAAGAUACAGAAAAAAUCAUUAUUACAUUUGACUGGGACUUAAGCAAAGGGAAUACAUUAAGCAAUUUCAGUUUAAUUAGCUCUUUAAUAUGCAGUUUAGUUGUAUCUUAUAUUAUUUACAAUUCAUAGACAAAUUAAUUUCCUUUGAUCAUAUUUGAUAUGUUAUAAAUUAAGUUUUUUAAACAUCUCUUAUCCUUUUGUCUCGAAUAAUGUCGGCGAAUACAAAUUAAAGACAAUGUAAAAUCGCUUUUCACAUGCUUUAGAAAGUAUUCAUUUUUUUCCAUUUAUAUACAUAACUAUUAUUAAGGCAAAACAAAAAUUUCAAAAAUCAUUAUUUUCUUGAUUGUACAAAUAAUCGGUUCUAAUUUUUUUAAAAACAUAGGUACUUAUGUAUAUGUAUGCAUGUAUAUUAACAAUACUUUACACAAAGCAUGUGUAAACAUACAUAUAUAUUAUAUAUUUUAAUAACUUAAAAUAACUUUACCUAACUUACAUUAAAAGACCAAGGAGUAAAUAAAAUUUAAACGUUUUUGCAAUUGACUCAAAUGUAAAAAAUUAGAUCUUAGAAUAAACUCUUGUAAAACAUUCCGUCCAUGUGUAUACACCAUUUUUAUAUCAAAUAAAUUUAAUUUUAAAGAAAAUAUAAUUAAGAUUA